UACCUCACGAGGGAAAUAUGACAAGCUGACUAUACCGUAGUCGUGGAAAAGGCUACAAUUAAAAAAUGGGGGCUUCCCAAAGUUCAGAUAGCGAGGGAUCUGAUGUUCAUUUCACAGAUGAAGAGAAGGAUAUUAUUUCCCAAAUGUUUACAAAGAUAUCCCAUGGGAAAAAGACAAUUUCCAAAGAACAGCUUGAGUCUUACACAGGUCCUGUCCUAGGACAAGAGAUGAGCCACAGUAUAUUCUGUGUUAUGGAGUUGUCAGAAAAACGGCAUCAGCCUGAUGGUGGCAUCAGUCUACAACAGUUCCUGCAGUGUCUGUCCCGUCUGCUGCGAGGCAGCGUGACAGAGAGGUCAACUAUCCUUCUGUAUCUAGCAACAGGGGGCAAGUCUGAAGCAACACCUCAACAACUAAUUAAGUGUGUGACUAUGCUGAUAUACAGUUUUGCAAGGAUUGCAGAGAAACAUGUUGAGUAUAAAAGUUGGGUGCUACAUCGGAGUGAAGAAGCCUUCUCUCGUCUUGCCCUCUGUCUUUUGGAAGAUCUCUUCCAUGCAGGUCCUGACAAAGACCGUGGCAUGGGAGUUCCCGUGGUACCAGACAACACUACCUUCAAUCAGAGUCAGAUAGAAGACUGUAUUUCAAAAUCACAGCUAUUUCUCCAGAUGUUUGAGCAGAUAUUCUCAGGAUGCUUUCAUGUAGUUUCAAAGGAUGAAGAAGUAGCCCAUCAUCUGACCCCACGGGUGCCAGUGGCCGGCUGUAUCAACUGGGCCAAGGUCAAGAGCAUCCUAGACUUCCCCUCCCUCAUCUUCCUCAACUCUGUGCUCCCCCCUGACAAGCAGAUGGAGUGGCGCUUCCUCUACUCCAACCUUGUGUUCGGGGACAGCUUCACGCAGCUGGUGCAGAAGAUAACAAGGCAGGGGCCCACUGUAGUCAUCGUCCGAGACAAGGAUGGGAAUGUGUUUGGGGGCUAUGCAAGUCAGGACUUGGAAUUUAACCCCAAGUUUACAGGUGAUGCUCAGUGUGCAUUGUUCAGCCUGAAGCCGCACUAUGGGGUUUAUACUACCACUGGAUACAACGACCACUACGUGUACUUCAACAACCACGUCCAGACUCUGCCCAAUGGGUUGGGUAUGGGAGGACAGUUUGACUACUUCGGUCUGUGGAUCGACCACACGUUCAACAACGGACACAGCAAGGCUGGGCCGCGAUGUACCACGUACGGCAGCCCACAGCUGUCGGGGAAGCCUGACUUUGAGGUGGACGUUAUUGAAGUGUGGGCGGUGGGACCGGAGAAGAAGAUAGAUGAUGAUGACAUCACAGACGAGUCAAGAAAGAAGAAGAGCAUCCUGGAUAAGGACCCCGAGGCUCAGGCCAUGUUGACGCUGAUCGGGAAGGGGCCUGUCAGCGAGGGUCUGCGAGAGGAAGAUGACACAGCAGGCAAUCCAGAACACAGCAAAGUCGUGUCGCUGUUCUAGAGGGAAUUACUAAUAUGGAGGGCUGUAAGGGGCUGACAAUUAUUCCUUUCUAGAUAUCCCGAAAAUUAAUUUGUGGGUCUAUAAAACUCUUUGGCUCAUCAUUUCAGAGAACAAAAUUGUUAUGAAUACACAAUGCCAUAUAGAAAGUGGUCAAUUGUAAAACAACAUGUAAUCCCAAGUAUAAUGUGUAACAAAUUUGUUAGGAAGUGCUGACUGAAACCGUAUUCUCUUCAUAAUAAACAAAAGUCUUUCCCCUUCUCCCUCUAAAGUAAUAUGGUAGUAUGGUAAUAUGGUUACUUGUGCAAUGUGUACAGGCUGUGACCACAUAGGUACAUGUGAGGAUGAAAUGUAUUCAGUGUUCAUUCAGGAUGUAGUGUGCUCCGCUUCAUACCACUCCCUUGUUUCCAUAGUGACAACACACUGGAUUAUGUGGUUCUUACAUAUCCUAAUACUGGUAUCAUUAACUGUUGAUACACAAUGAUACAUUGCAGUAUUGUUUGGAGUGAACAUUCAUGGGUCAGUUAGUAUCAUUUGUAUGUAUCAAGCACAGAACCCUUUAGGAUUUAUGGUUCUGUCAGAGUGAUUAUCAGGCUGUGAAGAUGUGAAAAACACCCUCAAUCUAGAUUUCGUUUUCCACAUUCCUGGAAGUUAUUUUCAACAAAUAUGUAAACCAAAUAAUGUGAAGAUAGAAAGAUAUGAUAGAUGAUAAUUAUAACACAGAUUUUUUUGUCUAAAAACAACUUUGAUAAGACUUAGAUAAACUAAUACAAUAAAAUAUGGUUAUGACAAACUUAAAGGGACCACUAGUUGUUUGUUAGUUUGUAAUAACGGUAUUUUGUUAUGCACAUUUCAACUAAGAUCUACAGCAAAUGGCUGGGCAAGUGGCAUUAUGGUGAUGUUUGGCUGCUCGGGGUAUUAGUGGAGAUGUGCAUAGUGGUGUUAUCAUCUCAUGUUAUCAUAGACCAGGUAUAGUUGUAAGAAAAUGUUAUCAAUUAGAUUCACAUUACGAUAUCAAUGAUAGAGUAGACAACUCUGUAGAUACUGACAUGAAAUAGUGUGUGAGUGUAUCUUUGUUAGAGUUUCUUGACGACCAGCAUUGUACUCCUCAGUAUAACAUCCCAACUUUGUAUAAAGUAAACAGCUGUCAUCAUGUUUCUUCUUGGUUUCCUGACUAGUUUGUGAUAGUGUGUAUAUAGUGUAUAUAAUCACAGCAUCGCUUAUGUCAUAUAAUGUGUAUAAUGGUUCAAGAUUAUGAAUAUGAACAAAUCUUGUUCCACUAACCUCAACCCAACUUUUGUUCCACUGACCUCCACCCAACUCUUGUUUAUAAGAAUUCAAGAUUAUGAAUAUGAGCAUGUUAGCUUUACUUUUAAAAACCUGUUGUUUUGUAUGAUACUAGAGUGAUGUGGAAGGUUGCUGUGUGUAGAUGGUGUCCAGCUGUCCUGGAGAGAUGAGCUUUGGGAUGACAGUGUAAUUGCAUUUGUUCCAAUAUCAUCCUAACUGGAUAAAAGGUUCGCUAUUUGUCUGUCAUUUCACAGUGGAAGCCUUUACAAAGGCCCAGACCAUGUGUGCAGGGGUAUUUGUUGUCAAAUGUUAUGUUUGUUAAACUAUCUAAAUGUGCAGACUAUAGACGGAUAAAUAUAUUGAAUAAGAUUUCAAGUGAUUUGAUUGGCUAAUCAAGAUCUUUUUGUGUGUGUAUCUUUCUGUUAACUGAAACAAAAUGGAGCCACACUUGAUAACAGACUGGUGUUUCCUCAUUGGCUCAUAAUGGAAUAGGCAUGGCUUGUGUUGUAAUAUUGUGCUGAAUCAGUAGAAUAGUGUAUGUGAAAUUAUUACUGUUGACAUGUUUAUUAAUAACAACUGCAUUCAGUAUGCAUUUGCAUAAAUAGUAAAAUCAAAGCAUGGAUUUACACUGUAUACACACUUGUUUUUACCAUCAUAAAAACAUUGAAAUUAAUUCUUAACUAAACAACUCUGUGUAUGCUAUAUUGUUUAGAUCAAUAAAUACAUCAUUCUGAUUAUGUAGAUUGAUUUCAAAACUGAUAACUACCUAUUCCCUAGUGUGCACACUUACGUUCCUAACUUGAUCAAUGGAAAAAACAUGGCUGAAAUCCAUUCCAAAAUGGCUGCUAGCCUAAUACACUGUGAUUGUUGUCUUGCAUGAUGGUUGUAGUUAUGUGAAACUUUGUACCGGAGUGGUGAAUAACUGAAUCAGGCCACACUCUUUACAAAUGCCGGAUGUUAUUAUGUUGAGAUUUAUUAGUAACCUAUUAUCUUGGUUAUGUUAAAAUAAGAAUACCUAAUUUUCAGUAUUCUUAAUUUUUUGUUCUCAGGUGUAUUGUGGGGUGCAGUUGAAUUAUUAAGAAAAAUAAAUUAUUAUUAUGUUUAUUGUACAGGUUGUUUACUACUUUUUACAUUUUCCCUCUUUGUAGAGAAGGAUUUGUGAUAGAUUAAUUAUGACUAUGUAGGCUAUAUAUAGAAUACAUUACUGGUACCUGUAAUUAAUUAUUUUUCAAAAGUUAAUUUACAUGGGUUUUUUUACGUUUCUAUUGAUGUCAUCAAAGAUAGAACAGUCAGACAUUAGAAUUGAAUUAAGCUGAUAGAAGAUUUUUUUUAAAUCAUCAAACAAACAAAAUCCUACAUAUUACUUCUGUAAAUUUUGAUUAUAGUUAUGUGUGAUGGAAUCAAUGAAUGGAUCAAGUGUAUAUUUAUUUUGGUAAGUGUGAAUGGGUUUUGAUUAGCACUAUCUGCAGAAUGAUGUGUGUGAUAUAGCAUGAUGUGUAGGAAAUCCUAAAGUGAUACAGGUCUUGAAUAUAUACCACUUUUUCAAAACUUACCACCAUCCUGACAAACCCAGAAACAUAAUCCGGUCCCACCAGGGUUUUACCAUGAAUCAUAAGGUGUCGGUGCACCUAAGGGACACAACUCUGCAAAGUGAAUUUAGGCACUUUUGGAGACUACAUCAACGGGUUCUCUGUUUUAAAUAAUUUAGGGAAUAAUUUCUGAAUGUGAUGAAACACAUUUAGUUCAUGCCUGAUUCAAGUCCCAAACCAAAACAAUUUAGCUCCGAACAGUGAGGCUGACAAUGCACAUACUACCAGGGAGAAUAGAAGAUUAUCCCUAGUACUACACAGAGUAACUGCCUUCAGCCUUGUUUUUUUUUAUGAACAGCAAAUUAACCAUAGCUUGCUGAUUCAACUUAAGGAUUAGUUACUGAAUAAAAAUUGACUGCAAAAUUAGAUUGUAAGCCAGUGUUUAUCAAAAUUAUCAGAGUAUCAAAAUUUAUUAGACUGGGAUAUUUACAGGCUGUCAUGGAAUAUUGCCAUGUGUAGCAUUAAACAAUGAAAAACAGACUUGUAUCAUGCUCAACGAUAUAGUUAUGUAUGAUAAUUGAACACACAGAAACAGCUCCUUUAAACACAUUGACUGGAGGCAUUCUCUGUUACCCAGUGUAUUUCAUUUCCUUUCUAUAGUGAGAAACAUCAUGGAUCUGCAGCUCCAUUGUACAGAUGACAGCAAUCAUUACUCCUCUCUGGACGGACAUGUAGUAUCAAAAAUGAACAAAUUUUACAGAAAAGCACUUCCUGAAUUAUAUUCAUAAAUUAUUAUAAAAGAGCUCAGAGACUUUCUUCAUUUUCAGAACUGAAUCUGUGGUAAUCAAGACUUGACACAUAUUCUAGACUUGCAUUGGCUGUAUUUGGUAUAUUUAUUGCAGGGUCUGUAUGACAGACUAUCCUGUCUCUAGCAUAGCAGACAAUUUCUCUUUGUGGUGAUAAUAAUUUGUUUGUUUGGCUCAAACUAAACAUGUAGUAACGAAUGAGUUCAGAGUAUAUAUCAUAACAGAAUGGAGAUAGAAUGAACGGUGAGUAGGUCUUAUGCUUAGUACAUGCACAUGGCAAACUGUUUUGUGCAAGUUGCACAUGGUGAUUUGUGCAUAUUUCGUGCAUAUUUUAAGAAGGUACACCUGUAUGUGUUAUGAUCAAUUAAGAAUGUUUCAUGUAAUACACAAGCCAGAAAGAUUGAAAUAAAGAAUCACAUGUA